AUGUUUCGUCGUAUCGCUUAUCAAGCAAACUCAUCCGGCGACCACCGUGCAAUGGCCGAUUUCCAAGAUGCUCGCGACAUGGUGGCACUUACGAAGCGCAAGAUAGUGGUUGGCAUAUGCGCGAUGCGCAAGAAGGUUAAUGGCAAGCCCAUGAGGGAGAUCUUGUCGCGACUGAUCGAGUACUAUGGCGACAAGCUGGAGAUGGUGCUGUUCGAUGAGGAUACGAUCGUUAACCGUCAGGCGUCAGAGUGGCCGCUGUGCGACUGCUUCAUCAGUUUCUACUCGCACGGCUUUCCGUUACGCAAAGCCGCCGAAUACAUCCAGUUGCGCAGUCCUUACGUCAUCAAUGACGUCGAACGACAGACGACGGUGUACACAAUUUUAGACAUGGCAUUCAUCGAACAUCCAAGAUACGAAGUCUUAUACAGGAGCUCGGAUAAUCCAAGCAAAAACCGAAUAGUUGAAUUCGAGGACUCCAUCGAAGUCAACGGCAUCGUGUUUAACAAACCAUUUGUAGAAAAGCCGGUUUCAGCCGAAGAUCAUAACAUUUAUAUUUAUUACCCAUCAUCAGCCGGUGGCGGUUCACAAAGACUCUUUCGUAAGAUAGAUAAUCGGAGCAGCAUUUACUCGCCAGAGAGUAGAGUUCGGACCGAGUCAUCGUAUAUUUACGAAGACUUCAUGCCAACCGAUGGAACUGAUGUAAAAGUGUACGCAGUGGGACCGGACUACGCCCAUGCGGAAGCAAGAAAGUCCCCGGCGUUAGAUGGAAAGGUAGAGAGAGACUCGGAAGGAAAAGAAGUACGCUAUCCCGUAAUUCUUAGCAGCAAGGAGAAACACAUUGCUCGAAAAAUCGUCUGCGCAUUUCGGCAAACCGUGUGCGGAUUCGACCUUUUGCGUGCCGAUGGAAAGUCGUAUGUGUGCGACGUGAACGGCUUUUCGUUCGUCAAAACGUCGAUCAGAUACUAUGAGGAUACGGCAAAGAUUCUUGGCAACAUGAUCCUUCGACACCUGGCUCCUACGCUGCAUAUUCCAUGGGUGAGGCCGUUUCAGUUAGGUAAUUCUAUUGGCCAUAUUUACCGUUUCGUUGAUAAUACUAUUUACGUUCCUAUUUUCUGAAU